AUGACUCAAGACUGGGGUCUGCAAAUUCCAGUAUCAGAUAAAGGCCGCAAGUAUCUCGCAACUAUUCAGACAGGUUCAAUUCGGGACCUCAUACCCGACACCCGCGAAAAGCAUAUUGAUUGUCUUCAGCAAAUAUAUCAUUUUGGUUCACAUAUUCUGUCCACCGUUAUGGAGAAUUUUCGCCUGGCUUUGGAAUUUCGCCAAAAGUUCUCCAGUGGGUACGGGCCCUUCAAAUACUGGAGUAAUAUGUUGUUUGAAAUCUCGCGCCUUUUUCAGGCAGUAGCCCAACUUUCCAAUGAUGUUUCUGAUGCUGAAAUUAGAGCAUUCUCUCGGACGUUUCAUGUGGUUCUCGCAGACCUUGACUUAGAAUCAAAUGAUUCCUCUUAUGUAGCUGCUGAGCGGAUUCUAGCAGCUCUCAAAUCCGUCCUCAAGGUGGCAUUGAGCACACUUCUGGAGAUGGAUCAUGUCUCUUGGGAUGCAAUGCCCACUGAGGUCGAUGACUUUUUGAUGAGACUUAAUCCCGACACUCCUCUAGUGUCUCAUCCUAACUACAAUAGGCUACCCACUGGCUGCGAAGUGUUUCUGAGAUGCGAGGAGUGUAACGAAACCCUGCUCCACGACGUCUUCACUGAAGCUUCUGAAGCAGGUCAUAGAUGGCAUCCCGAAUGCUUCCGAUGUCUGGUAUGCGGGAGUUCAGAAGGGGUCGUUUCACCUCCAUCACUGCAGGCUGCUGGUUCAUACAAAUGCCAGCUAGAGUCAUGUAGGUGGGAGGGUAUCAUUGAGUUGAUACCAAGUCACGCUCUAGUUAUCCAUCAUAUCUGGCGAAGUUACCUCCUUCUCAAAAAGAAGAAUGCUCCACCCGAAGUCAGUCCUCCAGUGGCAGGGUUCAUGGAAAGCUUGAUCUCGGGGGUCAUGAAUUGGUCUUAUCCGUCUAAGAAGAGACUUCCACCAUCUUGA